AUGGGCGUCACCUCGAGAAAACCUCUCCCACUCCCUGCCCCUACCGAAACCGAGACUACCAACACCACACCCACCGAGUUGACGACGGGGGAUACGGGGGAUGAGGUGAAGCCCGACGACGGCAAGUCUUCAUACUCUAUCCCUGAGGACGGAACUCCCGUCACCAUCGCAACCCGACACAAGGCCAGCAAAUCACAGACCUCGUUGCUCAUCGAAUACUUUGAGGGAGGCAAGCCUGCCUCUGGCUCCACCAGCGAGCGUCGUCCCAGUGUUCGUGUCCGCCUGACGCCAUCCAAGAGAGGCCGUAACGACCACCAUCUUCAAGUCACAGAGACCAAGGGCUCUCGCAACGCCUCCGUGACUCGACGGAUACCUCUGGACCUUCAUCACCUCGACUACGACGAGGACGGACACAGUAUGAGCUCCUAUGCUUCCGCCACCGAGGAGUCCAAUGUCUCUAGGAACCCAAUCGACAUUGAGAUUGAUCGGAGCCAUCGACGUCGGCGACCUGCCAGUCCUUUGAUUCCUUCAGAGAGCUACACCGUCAACCCCUCAGAAAUCUCCGCCAUCCCAUCAGACAGCUUCCUCGACGGCGAAGGCAAGGGCAGCUUGAACAGUCCUACUGGAACCCGCGAUAUGUCAUCAUCUGCCGUUGCCGUUGGCGCUGGUGCACUUGCAACCGCCGCUGUGGACGAGGUCAAGAGCCGCAAGAGUCGAAACAGAGACCGGUCAAAGGUGUCGUCGUCUGAAAAGUCGAGGGAAAAGUCGACGACGGCUGAGCGAAAGCGACGACCAAAGAGCAGAACCAGCAGCGUCACUGAGCGGACGGCCGAGGAACUUAAAUCCCCCCGUCGUCGCUCUAGCAAGAGCCAUCAGGAAUCCGUUGUGUCAGGUGCGGAUACGAGUGUCUUAUCCUCUAAUCUCUCUCCGAGCCACCGCACGUAUGAGACACAUUCCACACGCUCGGGCGCCUCCAAGGCCUCAUCAAUCAACAAUCCUAAGCUCCUGGAGACGGUGGAAGACGCCAUCCGUCGCCUGAUUCUGCCCGAGCUUAGUGCGCUCAAGCGCGAGCAGAGCAAGAGAGAGGGUCGCCGCGAUUCCUUUACGUCGUCUGGAACGUCUGUAUCAAGGGAUGAGUUUACCCCCGACCGCCGGCGGUCCUCGGGUCAGCGCAGCGACAUCAAGGCUGGGCGCAAUAGGGAGGCCCGUCAUGAGCUCGACGACAACUCUCUCAUCAGCAAUGAAUCGAUUGAUCAGUAUGAUGAGCACGUUACACCGAAGCGCAGCGGCGACCUGCUCAAGUCUGCUGCUAUUGGUGCCGCUGCUGCCUCCGCCAUUACUGCCACCUCCUCACUGCUGGAUGACAAGUCCCAAACUUCAGACCUGAAGCCGAGAGAGCGGAGGCGUCGCAAGGCUGAGGCUGCCCGUAGCCGAAGCAUGGGACGUGACCGAUAUUCUGGCGACUAUGACGACGCUCCUGUGCCCCCGAUGCCUCUUAUGAGCGAAAUCAACGGCACGGAACUGACCCGGACCUCCAUUCGCUCCGCCGACACAGAUAGGCCUCACUCAGCCACCGAGGAGAUCACUCCUCUUCAAAACGUUUCUCAUGUGGACGGUUCUGAUUCUGACAUGCCAACACCAACACGAUCUCCCAAUCUCGAGAGCACCCUUUCUACUCAGCAUGCCAAUGUUUCUCAUGGUGACCUGACUGCUCUACCGCGCGGGAAGAAGGAGUACAUCGACGAGUAUGAGACUGACGAAUAUGGAAACAAGGUUCCCAUUGAACAUGGUGACCAGUAUGGCGAGGAUGAUGGUGACGACAUUUCUGACGUGGGCGAGUUUGAGGGCUACGACAACUCCUACUUUGCUACUCAGGAUGUUCCUCCACCUCUGAAGUAUGUGCCGUACCAAGCAGGUGCCCGCGGUCUGAGCCCGAUUCCUAGCGUCUCUGGCUACACCGAAGCUGGCAGCGAACACCAGCCUCGCAACUCUAGGAGCAUGCACUCGACUAGUGACGCCUACUAUGAACGAUCCGAGAACCCCCGCAACAGUCGUUCUACUGCUUCUCUGAGCUCCAUUCGUGCUAGGGAGCUUGAACAGAUGUCUCCUCGAAGCUCUGGAAUGGACUACCGGAACACGACCUAUACCGACGACUCGGGUUACAACCGCAACACCACUUACACCGACGACAGCGAGCUGGAGAAGGUCACAUCUGGACAGGCGGUGCAGGGCGUUGGUGCCACCAACCCCAACAUUGUCCACCCCCCUCUGGGAGUCGAGUCUGCCGUUGCCUCCCUGGUUGACGGCUCGAUGCUUGAUCAGUCUGUCCUUACCGGCGCCUCAUACAACGACUACAACGGUGGCCGAGAUUCGACACUCUCUUAUGAUGAGCAGUCAAGAACUUACAGCAGCCGUGGAUUGAGCCCUGGUGAGCGAUACGACAACCAGAGCGAGUCUUCCAGACACGCUACACCCAGCGCAGUCUCUCGCAACAGAUCACCCCGAGAGUUUACCGAGUAUGAGCUCGAUGAGCAUGGCCGCAAGGUUGUCCGACCCAAGUCCCCCACCGCUGCCGAGGUGGCCAUCACAUCUGGAGCUGUCCUGGCCCUGAAGGCCGCUCAAGGCAAGAAGCAGGCGGCUGCCGAGGGAUCUGCACAGGGAGAGUUCCAACCCGCUGGUGUGGCCCGAAACAAGUCCUUUAAGGAGCGCACGCUUGAGGGUCACGAGCCCCGCAACACACCCGCCCACAGCAUCGACCGUCUGUCCUACGAGGAGCUUCCCAAGAUGAGCGCAACUGGUGUUCCUGACUUCCACGACCCCAUGCCUGAGGUUGGGUACGUUGACGAUGAUGCUCUCACCAACCCCUCGAUCGUUCAAGAGCGCCUGGAUGGCGAGGACCGAGGCCAUCUCUCAUCUGGCCGAGCAACUCCUACCCCACUGAAUGUUGGCGAGCAACAAGAGGCCCGCAGCAAGAGUGCGGCCAGCAGCCACGGCACAGGGGCUGGAGAGCUUGCUGGUGCGGCUGCUCUUGGCGCUGCCGCCGGAAUGGCUGCCGGCCACGGUCAUAGCCGCGAGCCCAGCCAUGACCACGAUGAAUGGCGAUCUUCCGAUGACCGCAAGCGGGAUACUCUCGUGACGAACCCCUACGAGGACGCCAGCCCGAUUGCAAACCCUGCUCUGAACGAGAACCUUCUCGGUUCCCGUGGUCUCAAUGCCUCGUAUGGAGCCCCUUACCAUACUGGAAGCCCUGGAUUUGGCCCCAAGUAUGACGAGGGAUACAUGUCUAACGGCAACAACAGGACCCCCGAUCUCCCUCCCAAGAUCAAGCCUCUGUCUAUUCCUGGAUCUCCCCACCUUGGUGACGACGUCUUCUAUGCCCCUAUGGCCAAGGACGCUCGCCAUCUCAGCGGCAUGUCCCAAGGCAUGGCAUCUCCCUUUUACGAUGCUGCUACUGGUCAGGGCAUUGACCGCAUCGAGAACAAGGACAUUGUCGCUCUUAUGCAACAUCUCAUGGUCCGUGAUGCCCAGCGCAGUGCUCGCGAUACCGAGAUCGUGGCCCUGCUCAUGAACUCUGCUCUGGAGAUGCGAACUUCUCUUAACGAGUUGAAGAACCUCGUCCAGGACACCAGCGAUGAUGUCAUCUUUGCUGGUGUUGAGAACACGGAGAAGCUCCAGAGGGCCAUCAAUGGCCCACGCCCCUACCCUGGCCCUCGUUCAAUUCAGAGCAGCUCUCAGCUCGACACUCUCAACGAGGCAGCUGCCAAGAAGAACCUCUUCAAGCGUGCCCUUCAAGGCCUCAGCAACAAGGGAACCAGUGAUUUCAAGCGCAUUGAGGAGAUUCUUAUCCAGAUUCUCGGUGAAGUGGACGUUCUCAAGACCCAGACAGCCCCGCCUGUUUCUACUGCUGGUGGGCGCGGCUCUUCGUUCGAUAACCUGCACCCUGAGGGUCACUAUGAGCAGGACCGAGGCUAUGAGCCGGAAGGCAACUCGACCAUCACCCCCAGCCAGUCAGGCCACCUCUCUCUGUCUCAGUCACGAUCCCGACUUGGAGGUGAUCGCAAGGUCUCUGACAACCGCAUCAGCACCGUCGCUGAGCACGAGGGCGAGUACGAGUUCGAUCACCCCAGCCCAGCUGCUGAGCGGACCAACAGCAACGUCUUGACACCAAGCCGCUCGGGCUUCCGCGGUAGCUCUGUCCCUCUCGAGACGCCACCUCAACCCCCAGUAGGUGCUCAACCCAUGAGCAACGACAACACUCCUCGCACCGACAAGUCGAAGAAGCACAAGUCUGGUGGCUCGACAAGCUGGCUGCCCAAGUUUUCUCGAUGGUCAGGAACCACAGCCUCCAGCAUGGGCAAGGCUUUCCGAGGCAAGAAAGACAAGUAUGACGACUUUGCCCAUUCGCGAUCUGCGUCCAGCCUUGGCUCGUACGACGAGGAUGGCUACCGCACCAACGCCUACGGCGAGGACAGGCUUCACACCGGACUCUCGGAUCAGGAGCUCGCAGCAGCACCCACUGCCAGCGGAGCUAACCCUGCGGUUACUCUGCGUGAGAGAACCAUGUCCCCUGGGGAUGCUCCCAAGUACAAGGUUCAUCGAAACUCGUUGAACCUGCAGCACCCCCAGCCCAGACAGGGCCAGACCGAGCGUUUCCGAAACGCCUUGGAGUUCUCGGCUCAAGAGUACAAUGUCCCCAUGACCCCUAGGUCGGCGGACUGGGGCGGCUCAGUAUCCAGCUUGAACCAGGUUGGACAGAACCCCAACAGAUACAGCAUGGCGUCUUCUGGAGGCGGACCACGGGACCCAGAGUACUGGACCACCUCCCCAACUGGUCCCCCUAGGCCUCCCAAGGAGCCCAUUGAGCCUACCGCCAGCCCCUCAGGCCAAAACGUGCCGCGAGGCGCCCGCCUUUCACAGCUGGCCAAGAGCAGCCCUGUGCCACACCCCAGCGACGAGAGCGGAUAUGGGACGAUGAGCGGGACUCAUGUCAGUCACUACACCAGCAGCCCCAAGCCCGAGAACCGCAACCUGAACGCGGCUCUGGGAGCUCCCGCUCGACGACCUAGCGGGCCGCGAGCCAUGACCCCCAAGAGCCCUGAGCAAGAAGCGCAGCGACGCAAGAGAGGUAUGUUCAAGAAGCAUCUGAUUUGA